CAGCCAGGCCAACGUCUGCGUUAGCAGAAAAAAAAGUGCGCUGCAGCACUGCACUGCACUAGCACUGCAAGCGAGACGAGUCGGCGCGCUCGGGGAUGCUGCUGACGACACCGUGCCAGCAGCGAAAGCUCCUCUGCCGUAACGUCGCUACGUCGUCGCUCUCGUCAUAACCUCUCAUUUUCGCGCAAAAGCACACCCCUGGAUUCUCGGGGGCUGCUCUCUGCUCUGCUCUCUUCGUGUUCUAGCCAGCACAGCGCAGCGCUGCACAGCUUUUCGCGCCAUCGUGCCGAGAGCCAGCAGAAAUAAAUAUAUAUAGGCUUUGUAUAGCACGCGCGCCUCGAAACGAGAUAUCAACUACUACUACUACUACUACUUCUACUACUACUACUACUACUACUACUACUACUAUUGCUACUACUCCCCCGUAUUUCGGCGCAUACACACGUAAAAUAACGUCUGUACGUCAUAUACGUUUUAUUCUAUCGUACCUACGUACGCUUUCUAUAGUGUCUGUGUUUUUUCAAUCUAUAUAAAUAUAUUCAUAAAAGUAUAUAUUAUAUAUUAAAUAUAAUAAAAAAGUGUUCGUGUAUACGUGUGUGCGUUUUCUCGAAAUAGUUUCAUCUUUGUUGUUGUUUACGUCUCUCUCGGCUCUGGAAUUUCAUUGGCAGCGACACUGUCAUCAUCAUCGAAACGAAGGGAGAGAGAGAAAAAAGAAAGUGUUUAAUAAUCGAGUGUGUUGUGUGCUGCAACAUCGGUAUUAUAAACACACACAACAAGCGGCAGUCGGAGAGAAGAGAGAAUAUACAUCGAUAAUUGCUUACGAUGAGAAAUACGUUGUCGGUAGUGCUAUUGCGACACGUGCCCGCCAUUUCUUCGCUCGGUAUUUAACGAAUUGACAAAGUGUUUUUUCUCGCGUGUGAGUGUAUAUGUACGCUUUUACGUACUACGUUUAAGCAGCAGUGAAGGAAUUCACGUAUUUUUAUUAUAUAUCUAGUGGUGAUCAGUGCCGUCUGUCUCUAUCGUCAGGCCGAAAAGGGUGCGCGUAAAAAUAUAAUAAGCAGUGCGCGUGCGACCAUUCACUUACAGUUCAAAGUUAAAAGAAAAAGCUAAAAAGCACAAAAGAGAGAGAAAGAGAGAAGGAGAGAAAACUCGAAUAUUUCACUGCACUCUCUGCAGUUUAUUAUCGACUAGUGCGUGGAGUUUGUUCAUUCGUUCGUUCUUGUGGCAGCAGAUUUUGGUUUCAUCUUCGUCGAACACACAAACAUCAACAUGGAUAUACUACCAAGCGGUAAUAUAUUCCGGGAGCUGCAGUUCGUGCACGAGACCGGCUACUUCCCGGCGCAUCCAUCGCUCGAGGAUCAUUGGCAACAGACAUGCUACGAGAUGGAAAUGUACCUGAAGGACGAACCCAAGCUGCACUCGUACAAAAAGCUCUCCACGGAUCUUGACACGACGCCGUGGAACGUGUUCAGGGCCCCGCAAAUCUGGACCGCCACCACGGGGAGCGCGAACACGACACAGUACGAAUCUUCGAUCAAGAUGCAGGUGACAGCGUCGACGGACGACAGAGACACUUUAUGUCUCGACGAAAUGAAGCUGAGUCCGGGAGAUCACAGUCACAAUGGCCGCGACAGGGAUCUCGAUCGACACUUGGACUCGUUAUCCAUGUCUUCGGCAAGUUCGGCUUGUUCAGCUCUGUCCUGGGACGGCUCGCCGUCCUUGUCGUGUCGAGCGCUCAUCCUCAAAAAAGAAUCCAGCGAAGAUCUUGAAGAGGACGAGGAGCACGAGGAAAUCGAAGAAGAAGAAGACAGUGGUUGCGAAGGCGAGGGACAAAUUCUCACACCACCAUCGAGUCCGGAAUCGGGCCAAGGUCAUUCGAACUCGAGUCACUCGUCGACCGGCAGCUCGAUGCUCGACGUGCACAAUCUCAAUCUUCACGGUACCAACGGCAGAAGCGCAAUCGUCAGGGUUACCGCAAACGCACAAAGCGUCGCGAGAUUAAUCUCCGUGGCAACGAACGGCGCCUUUCCCACGGUGAACGGCAACACGACGACGACGACGACGACGCAAAUAGGCACGACGGGCUCGGGGCCGACGGCGAUGACGACGACGGCGACGGUUGUCGCGACGACGGGUACGGGCGCAGGUAACGGCGGCGCCAACAACAGACAUCCGAGGAGUCACGAGCACAGUCCGCCCGACACCAAGCGCAGGAUACACAAGUGCCAAUUUCCAGGCUGUAAGAAAGUAUAUACCAAGAGCUCGCAUCUCAAGGCACAUCAGCGAACGCAUACAGGUGAAAAGCCGUAUAAGUGCAGCUGGGAAGGCUGCGAGUGGCGCUUCGCCCGCUCGGACGAGCUGACGCGCCACUACCGCAAGCACACCGGUGCCAAACCCUUUAAAUGUCGGCACUGCGAUCGCUGCUUCUCGCGUAGCGAUCAUCUGGCGCUGCACAUGAAGAGACACGUCUAACCCUUAUUGCAGCACCAUCGCCAUGGCUGAAGGGGUCGAGAAGAACAAGAAGAAGGAGGAGGUAUCAGCACGUGCCAACGACGCAUUGCUCGAUAGCAGCAGCAGCGACUCCCACAUAUAUAUUCGGUAUAAUAUAACUUCGACAAGAGGUUUAAUUAACAAGCACAAAAUACACACAAAUCUAGUAAAGUACUAUGUAAUCGAUGUGACGUCUGUGAUAGCGCGCGACAAGAGAGAAAUAGACCUUGACGGUGGACAAGGACAGUGACGACGACAGUUUUUCACCCCCGCGUUGACGGAGAAAUAUUAUAAAAAGAGAGCAUUAACUCAUUACUUUUGACAAAUCGUAACGCGAGAGAGAUAAAAAAAUGCGCUUUUUUCGUAAUUAUUGUAAUUGUUAUCGAAUUGUAAAGUGAACUUAUUUCAAUGAGACACAUUAGGAUCACUGCCAUAAUUUAAAACUGGCGACGAUGUAGCAUCGUUUUAUAUAAAGGAGUAUGAGCGUCGAUGCCAACUAAAAAAAACGAAUAUAUCUUCGCCAAGGAUUGCUACGAUCGCACAACGUCAUUACGCUCAAAAAGAAUGAAAGAAGCGUCAAAAACCAAACGCGCUAGUAUGUGUAUGUUGAUCGUUGGUAUACAUGUGCCCGAAAAUCCUUGUAGGUGCGUGCAUCAAAACGAAAAAUAAAACAUACGACUUUCAUAUUUCGUAUUUUUGUAAGUUUGAUACACACACACAUGCACGUGUCACCAAAAACAUUGGAUACUACGCUUUUACCAACAUGACCCAAGAGUUGUUGUGAUUGCACAAUGAGAUAUAAUUCUGGCACCUUUUGUAGUGCAAUGUGAAUAGUAAAUUUUUCUAUGUAAUUAUGUAACGUAAAAUUUCUCAAAUAAGUCUAUUGCCCGUAUAGAAAAAUCCAUUUUGAAAUUUAGAACUUGAUAAACUUAACAUUACAAAGAACGAUAAAAAGCUAUUUUUCAUCAGUAAUAUAACACAUAAAAAUCGCCGUAAGAUUUGAACUUUUUGAUUGUUGAUGAUUCGGUUACUGCACAAGAACGUAGCGAUAUUCGUGCCGCGUUUAGUAAAAUUUUGAAAAAGUUCGUUUAUUGAUAUUACGAACGAAAUCAGUCGAUGUUUUUGUGCUUGUUCGAUGAUAAACAACUCAAUGCAUUGUUGUUGGAUGUGCAAAUUCGUAAAAAAAAGUAUCAUUUCGUUUUUUAAAUUCAAAACAAGAGCUUGGAGUGAGCGCAAUAGAAAAGUCAUUUUGUACUCGAGCGUCUGUUGGUGCCAAGUGUCACACGCUCGCGCAUUGUCUGUUCGGAUUGCAGUUAGCACUAGCUUGAACAUCGUCAGCUUUUCACAGAUCGGAGUGUCUUUCUGUUUUUUUGUACCGUUUUUCUUUUUACCAUUUUUUUUUAGUCAACGAGUUUUUAUCAUGUUUGCAGAAAAUAAAAAAAGGAGUGGGAGUGUAACCAUUCAUUUUUUUCCCCUAGCUGUUAUUGUUACUUUCAUCAUUGCCAUUUCAAACUUUUUGAAGCAUGAAAUCUUACUUCUUUUCAAUAGUUUUCUGUGCUAUAGAGACUUUUCAGGUUUAGAAUUUCAACUGAUAAAUAAAAAUUGUGCAAUUUUAUUUAAAAAAUGAAUAAAAUCACAUGAACUUGUUCAAUUUUUAAUAUUAACUUUUUUUAAAUGUAUUAUGAAAAUUUAUUUAAUUUUUUUUUGCCGAUGAUUUUCGGGCUUUUAUUAAACGAACAUUCCAAAAGUGAGAUUUUUCCACGUCGCGCAAUAAGUAUUUUUUAUACAAUGUAAUUUAACUUUUAGUUUUGAUCUCGCAGUACGUCGAUGAGCAUUCAAAAUUCUUUCGAGCUCAUUAACAUAAAAUAGCUUACAAGUAUAAUUAAACAGUACGUAACAUACAAAAUCCAUCACCGUAAAAGACUAAAAUCCAAACGUCCGAUAAUCUAGCGAACAAAAAACAUAUGAAGUACGUGUGAAAUUCUAAAGUAUAAUAAAAAAAAAUAAUUCAGUGGCCAAAACGCGAAACUCGAAAUUUACUUUAUAAUAUUACGUAUACGCGCUCGUACCCAAGCAUGUAUUUAUGACAGCGUAAUGCGCGUGUAUAUGACCUGUGGGAUCAUUGAUAAUUCUACCCGAAUGUAGGGUGCUCCAUAUGCAUUUUUAUGUAUGACAACCGGAAAAGAAAACGAGUACAAGAAAGAAUCGUGAACUGUAGGAUGAAAAGAGUUGCAUUGUUGAUGCUUAGAUGAAAGUUUUUAAUUUUCUGCGAAAAAAGUAACAAGUCGCGCGGGAAUUUUAUGUUGGUCUCAUUCAAUGACAUUCCUUACGUAUACAUAUUAAAAUUCGUGUUAUUCCAGCGUGUAAAAUGCAAUACCGAAACGGAGCGAAAGUGUGAAUUGCCGAUCUGAAAAUAAAACGAACUAUAUGCAGGGGGAAAAAAGUUUUUGAAGCAUGCAAAAUGUGCGUUAGGUUUAAAGCUGGACGCAAAAGUAUAAUUACAUAAAUACAUAUAAAAUUAACAAUAUGUUAUACCAUGUAUAGAGUAAAAAUAACGAAUAAAAACGAUUCUCGUCAAUCGUUAGGUGAUCGUAAAACUCUUCCAACCAAAAUCGAGUCAGUCUCAUAAAUAUAGUCACUAAUUAAACGCCAUAUGUAUGUAAACGAAGAUUAUAAAAGAUUAGAGAUGCUGAGAAUAAUCUAACGCAACCGUACAUAAAACCGUACACACCGAUUUCAUAUGUAGGUAGAUUAGGGUUUUUAGGAAUUUUAUACGGGUGUGUAAAAUAAAUUUAAAUUAAAGUAAAUGUUAUAAAUGAUGAUUUCAAAGAUAAUGAAAAUGAAAAAUACAUUGUGGUAUCGUAAAAUAUAAAGUAAAUAUGGCGAGUAUUUAGAGCGCAUCUAAUUGUUCUUUAGAUAGCGUUGAAAGAUUUAUGACUAAUAUAAUUAUAUAAAGAAUAUAAAUAAUUAUAUAUAUAUUACGGAGAUGAAAGAUUCAAUUUUUAAAAAAUCGUUUCUAAUAUUUUCGUUUGAAGGAUCGUCGUACACGAGCUUGGCCGUGACUCGCGACGGUUUUUCGAUUACGAUUAUACGACGACGGCGAUUGAUAUAUUAUUGAUACACAUACGUGACGGGAUUAGAUAUAUUAUGCGAAUAUUAAAUUUAAUUGAUUCAAUUGAUUACAAAUUAAAUGAAAUAAUGAUGAUAUGAGAUUGGUUAAAAAUAAAUAAAAUGAAUAAUUGAAUAAAUAAAACAAUGGUGCAGCGCGUGUAUAACGAUGUAUAAUAGUUCAUUUGUUUUUGGGGGUGAGUGCAACUUGAGAGCGAUUUAAAUAUACGUUGAUGUUGAAAAUCGAUCGGUAGCCGUCUUUGAAGAAUAUAAAAAAAUAUAAAUGAAAAAGAAUGUAAGUAAAAGUAAAUGAUCGUCAAAAAUCAUAUUUAUAUUAUGCUCUGAUAGAAAAAUCAUAGCCAAUGUCGAACAAAUCGAUGAAUUACUGUAUUAUACCUUUUGAUUUGCCAAAGAUUGAAAGUCCCUUCGAUUCGUUGGGUAAUAGCAGAGACAAAACGAACGAUUCAGUGCUUUAAUGAAAAAUCAAAAUACGCUAGCGAACAAAAAUAUUUUAUUUAUCCGUAAUACUUAGAAGAAAGUACUUAGAACGGGAAGUGAUACGUAAAACGCCGUGUAACUAUUCACAAAAUAAGGAAACAUAUUUUCAGAUUAUGUGGAUAGCCAACUAGAUCUUGAGCCAUUUUCAAUCUUUGGCAAAACUUUAGGCGUCAUUUCAAGUAAAGGUAUUCAUUUGUUUGGUAUCAGGUUUAAUUUUUUUAUCGGUGUACGAUUGAUCUAGGAUCAAUCGUUUUAUAUGCGUGUUUCACAGAUUGAAAAUUGAUUAAAAAAUUUGAAUAAACUUUUUCAACGCAGAAAGAGCCUAUCAAACAGAUUAAUGGCAAAAGUAAUACUCAUAAAACGCGUAUAAAUUAUAUUGUAGUUUUGGUGUCCCGGAAAAUCUAGGGGUCAAGAUAAUUAAAGUAAUUAAAUAUGAGUAGCGAAAGAAAAAUGUAUGAUUAGGAUAUUAUUAGAAAAAGCGUGGAUUCUAUUUUCCGCGUCGCAGAAAUAAGAAUGAUUUUAAAAAAUAAUGAAUUCCGUACCUCAUUGUAUACAUCAUCUACUUGUAUAAUUGUAAUAAAAGGUAAGGCGUCGUCGUAUGAUAAUGUGAUUAAAAGAAACAAAAAAGAUAUCGAGAUAAUGAAAUAUUUAAAAAGCAUUGCUUUACGAAGUAAGAAAUAGAAAAAUAGCUAAUUAUACGUGCGUUAAAAAAAAAGCAAAAGCGUCGGAGACUACCUGAUAUCCGAGUAUUGUAAUUUUGUACUAGUUCGUAUGAAUAAAUGAAUAUUAAAAAAUUCAACGUAUACAUCGUGUGUGUAAAAGAGAUAUUCGAGUAUUAAAAGAAAAGUUUGGAAUACGUGUGGACACCUUGAGAUGAAAAAAAAUACAGCCUCGUGCAACGAAAAAAUAAUGACAAAUUAUGAUAAUACUUUAUGAAACAGACUUACAAAAAGACAGACGCUUAUAAAUAAUUCAAUUGGGAAGAGUAUACGAUAAUAAAAGAAUAUUACCAAAAAAAUUUUUAAUAUAUAAAUAAAAGAGCUAUUUUUGUAUGAAAAUUCGCAUAAACAUACAAAAAGCAUUUCUAAGAUAUAACAAUUUCUUUUAAUUUACCUUAAUUUUAUAAAUAAAUGUACACGUUUAUGUACGCAAACAUCUUAAAAUAUUGAAAAAACUAAUUUUAUCAAUGAAGCUGUGAAAAAUAUGUUUUCUUAAAAUUCAUAUACUCUUCCCAUCUAUAUAAGGAGUAUAAAAAUAUAAAAGUCACUAAUAGCAGGGUUUUGUUAAAAAAUGAUAAGAAAGUAGAUUACGGAAGGGAAAUGCGAAAAGAAUAAAACUUAAACGAAAAUAAACAAAAUGAAAACGUUCCGCUGCACUGCAACACUAUCCUUUUGCGCUUUUGUUCUUUUUUUUAUAUCAUUACCUUCUUUUAUUAUAAGCAUUGCUAUCUACUCCGUCUCCAAAUUAUUUUUCACCAACCCAUUGAAUUCAUUCGAUCGUUUAAAUUGCAUCUCGCCGAAAAGAGUCUAAAAAGAGUAUUUAUUUACUCAUUUUAAAAACCAAGAUUAUUUUAUUAAACUAUGAUACAAUUUUAAAAUAUAUUUAAAAUUAUUUUCAUUGAAUUUAUAUGAUGAACUAUCAAUCUCGUUACAAUUUGACUUUAAUGUUUAUUUUUGCGUAAUGGUCUAAAUAAUCUAUUCAAUAAAUAGGCUCCGACUUUUAUUUCUCUCUUUAUGCUCAAAUGAUUUUUCGCUUUUUUCGUAAAACUAUAAAGAAUGGUGGGUAGCGUCAGAUGAAUCGUUUUUAAUAGAAGAUCAAAAAGUAGAUUGCGAAUCAAGUAAAAUUUACAUAAUGAACAUAAGGAUUUCGUACAACAAUACUAAUGAUACUAUCUUGAGGAGCCCAAUAAAAUACGAGUGAAUUUAGGUAUAAACGAAUGCCGUGAUUUUUUCAGUAUUACAAUUUUUCAAAAUCAGUUUAGAAAAAUGUUGGCUUGGGCGCAAUAAAAGUUCUACGCUUAGCUGUAGCUGUCUGAUUUUUAACAUGGAUCUUCCACCUAUUCGCAUCUUCAAAACUACAAUAAAAUUUUUUAUUAUUGACAUGACUACGCACAAUACUGCUCGCAUUAAAUUUCAUACAUCUUCUAUUUCUACUGAACAAUCAAUGAGAUUUAAUUUGCGUCAGGCCUACUUACCGGUACUAAAAUAAUAAAAAAAUGCCGCACAAAUCUGCACACAAACAAAUUACAUACGGUACGUAGUCGAUGAUGGACGAUACUUAAGUCAUGUAUCAAAAUCAAUUUCUCUGUUCGAUGUCUUUGAUGUACUGAUAAGCGCUAAAUUUUACAUCGUUGCGUUUAUGAAAUACAAGUAAUUUAUAGCCUCAAGAAAUUUGCCACUUUUUCAAAUUUGCCGGUAAAAUCCAAACAGCCCUGCUUUUUAACUGUUAUAAUCGGUAAAAAUAGAAAUAUCGUAUGGAUGCAACCGUAUUUUUGUUUAGCACAGCAAUCAAAUGUUGAAUUGAAAAAGGGGGUCGCGCGCUUUGACAUUGUUUAAAGUCAACUACCAAAGAUUUGUACAACAUUGUUAUAUGUAUAAAAAUAGCCGUGUUUUUAUCUUUGAGUUAAAAAUAAAAGAAGAACAGAUAAAUUCAAUUAUAUUUUUUAUUUUACGUUGAUCUAAUUAUAAUUUUAUCCAUAUUCAUACAUGAUAUACACGUUUUAAUUGGAGUUACUUUUAUUCAAUGGAUUGUAAAGCUCUAACUUAAGUUUGAUUACUUUUAAUGAAUUUUGUAUUUUUGAUGAGUUUUAAGAAGAUGGCUUUCUUUAAGCCAUUAUUAUUUAAAUAUUUUCCCCUUUAUAUUUUAUCUACUUCUCUAUGUUUAGUAAGGCGUGCGAAUCAUGAAAAUUAGAAUAAAUUAACGAGGUGAUAGUCUUUUUUCGAAGUCUCAAAAAUAUUGAUAAUAACGGAUGAAAGCUAAGUGUUUUCGAAGUGGGAAACCGUCUCCAUGGUAAUUUUUAAGCAUUCUCAUUAUAAAAAAAAUUCAAUGUGUACUUGGGUGCGUGUGCGUGUUAAGGUUAACGUAAUUUUAGAUGGUAAACGAGCGUUGUGAAACAAAUGAUAUAUGGUGACUGUCAAAUGGAAGUGAUAAAACAAGUAUAAAAAUCAAAUCUAUGAAUGUCUAUAGAGAGAGAAUUUCAAAGCUCAAAUUUAUAUGAAGACACAAGCAGGAAGUUAGUGUGAUUCUUAAAGGGAUACAAGUUGAUAAAUUCAGAUUAUAUGAUUUUAUGCAAAUUAUUGACUAGGCUAACGCUUAUUAAAUUAAUAUAUAAUUGUCAUUGUCAUUAAUUAGUAACUAACUAUUACAAUUAUUAUUGUAAUUCUCAUUACUAUAUUAUUAACUCGUUAUCAAUUUCGUAUUACCAAUUUAAGCUGUUUAAUUGUACAAAGAAUUAAGUAGAUGAUAAAUUACUUGUAAGUAAGCUUAGCUUAAGAAAGCAAAACUUUUUGUCGCUCUUAAGAUCAAUGAUUAUUAUUACUAAACGACUUUAAAAGGAACAAAAAUUACUAUUGAAAAUGGGAAGAUUAAAUUGUUAGCGCGUGGAAUUCAAAGAAAAAAAUGUAAGUGAAGAUAGUCGAGCGUAAAAAAAGAAAAUUUACUGUCAACUGACGCCAAAUAUGUUCUUCCGCAUUUCUUCGGCGAUUUUAUAUAAUAAUUCGUUUUUAUGAAAGCCGCACGAAAAAGGAAUUACUUCAUAGCGAAAUGAUAUAUAUAUUAUGCAAGACUAAGAGAAAAUUCAAAGUUACGAAGAAACAGUAAAUACGACAAAAAAACUAAAGAUGAGUAAAUAUAUAAUAUAUAUAUGUGAAGUAAUGAAAAAAUAAAGUAGAAAAGAAAAUUGAAUAAGACUUUAUAAAUGUGGGUUGGUGCAAAUGUACAUAGCAAUGAUGUUGAGAUAUAUAAAUAUAUGAUUAUUUCGUGCGCGAGAUUUAACAAAAAAAUGAUAAAAGAGAGAUAAAAGUUAUAUCUAUUAUUAUAAGCUCGCUUUCGAAGCUUUAAGGUCGUUUAAUUUAACCGAGAAUUGAGAUGAUUGUCAUUCUCAAAGUACCGGAUUAUUUUUUUAUCGUGAAAAAAGAGUUUUAUUAAUCAUUUGUAAACACUCCGCUAUUUCUUUGUGCAUUGCGUAUAUUAUAUUAUAUUAUAUUAUCUAUUAGUAAGAAAAUAAAUGAAAUUUGUCUUUAUACGUGUAUAGUUGUAAUAUGCGUUAUUUUACUUUGUAUAUAUAAAUUUAUAUAAAUAUACGUAUAGGAUACCAACAUUGUUGAUGCGCUUUUAAAAUGGCACGUGAAAAUGAAAACUAGUAAAGAGAAAUGAUCCGAGUUUUUCUUGAAAAUUUUCGCCAUUUAGUAAAAACUUCUAACGAAGAUAAAGAACAUAACAUUAUUGUCAUCGCGCAACAAAUAAGAAAUUGUAUUGCAGCUGCGCUUUUCUAUUCGUUCUUCUUUCGUUGCAAAGCAAUUUAUAAAAGCUCAAUCGAUUGAUUUUGUAUAAUUGUAAUAAGGAAUGCAAGACAUUGUUAUAAGAGUUGUAUUAGUUAGAAAAUUAAAAAAAAAACAAAAAGCAUACGCUUUUUCGAUUAAGAAAUAAUAGAGAAAGAAAACUAUGAAAUUCCUCCGCAAGUCGUCUUACCUGUUCAAAAAGACUUUGAAGUAAGGCCGCGAAAAAGCGCUAAGAAAGGAAAGAAAAGGUUAGAAAAUUAAAAAAUAUUACUGUAAAUGAUCCGUAUGGGCGUAAAUAGUUUAUAUAUAAAAAUAUUCAAGUGCAUAUAAGUAUAAACAUUUGCAGAUGUGUAUAUUUAUAUGCACGCAUUUUUGGACGAAUGGGUGUGAUUGAGAGAGAGAAAACGAUAGAGAGCUUGGAAAAUGAUAUAACACAAUAAAUGGAACCCGAGGUGUCCAAUAUGGAGAUUUUACUUUUUUCGGAUGAUGGUAUUUAGAAAAAAAUUGAAAAAAAGGUAAAAAAAUUCAUAUAAAAAAUAAAAUAACUGGAAAUACAAAAACAACGAAAGAAGCUGUUUCUCCCUCCGAUGCAGCCCGAGUGUGAGCGGAUCGUUAUGAUCCGGUGAGAAAAAAUUUGAACCAUGAAAAAACAAAAAGUUAACGCGUGAAUUCUUAUCUUUGUUGAAAAAAAAACUUGAAAACCAAACUAACAGUACGAGGUACAAAAAGAAAAAUAUUUAUUACAUAUUAAAUCGCCCGUGAAGGCUCACCUGCACCUCGCAUGCAUCAGAGAGAAAAGCUGAAGAGAAAAAAAUAAAUUUCAUAUUAUAUAUGUACUCCAAGAAGUAACCACUUCUCACAAAAUAUACAAAAUCAUUCAUCGUGUAUAUUCCUCGAGGAGUUUUUAUAACGUCGCUACCUAUCGAUUGUAAAAAAACAUACGUAUAUGAAUGUGUGAUAUCGACCUUAUUUCUCAUCUCUCUAAAAGGCAAACGUUCGUUCAUACAUAUGCUAUAUAUAGACGUAAUUCUCAUCGGUAAAAAAAAACAUGCGAUGCAAGAAUGUGUCCUGAUUUUCCAUUUGUUGUUUUCGUAUUACACAUCUAUGCAUACAUCUCUAAAAAAGACGCAACAUGUGUAAGUACGAGUUUCCUUUGUUUUCUAUUCUGUGCAUAUUUAUUAUAAAAUAUAUAUGAGUACGUAAGCGUGGUGUUGAGUUACAGCGCGCGUCUACCACCCACCACCCUGUCUAUAUCUUGUUCUAGCGCAAUUUUUUUGCAUUUUUUUGCCGCCAGAGCAAAUGUAUGUUGUGUAUAUGUCGAGAGCUUUUGCCUUUCCACGAGUGUCGAGACGUAAAGAAUAAGAACGAACAAAAAAAGUGAAAAAAAAAAAAA